AAGAACGACAGAAAAAAGAGUGAACGAGCUUUAUAUUGCAGCUAGCUGCCGUGAACAAAGAGAAAAAGGUCCAUAUAUAUUCCCUACAAGUCCUUUUUAUAAGUACUAGAAAUUCAAAGCUUUUUUUUCUAUAAGGACACGAUCCGGGUCUAUCGCUCUUUUCAUCACCUCUUCCUCCUACUGUCCUUAUUCUUCUUUUUUUAGUUUAAUCAUUCGUUAUUCGAAAUCCACUAAGCUCGACUCAGUUCCUCCUUUCUUAUUGCUGACGCUUUUAAUUUGUUUUUUUAAUAUUUUGGAAAUGGAUGAUCAUGAGUAUGGAAUGAUGGAUCUAACACAGUACUUGAACGGAAGGCCUAUAUUUUCUUCCAAUAUUCAGCCACAUCUGCAAUCGGAUUUUUUAUGCAAUCAUCAACACUAUGAGAUGGUAAUGGCUACUACUGUGCCACAACAUGACAAUUGUCUUCCUCAUCCCACGGCAACUGCAACUGCUAGACCUAGUGUUAGUGGCGGUGGCGGUGGCGGCGGGGUCACGUUUAGUACUGCGUCGGAGAUGGAGGGUUGUGGUGGUGGUGGUGGUGGUGGUGGUGCUAUGCGCGGAGGUGGUGACGGCGGCAAUGGACGGUGGCCAAGGCAAGAGACUCUUACACUACUUGAAGUUAGAUCACAACUUGAUUCCAAGUUCAAGGAAGCUAAUCAGAAAGGUCCCCUUUGGGAUGGAGUCUCCAGGAUUAUGUCUGAGGAACAUGGAUAUCAAAGGAGUGGGAAGAAGUGCAGGGAGAAAUUUGAGAACUUAUACAAAUAUUACAAGAAGACUAAAGAAGGGAAAGCUGGAAGACAAGAUGGCAAACAUUAUAGAUACUUUAGACAGCUCGAAGCACUUUAUGGUAAAACAAGCAAUACAAUCUCAAUAUCAGAAACCAACAAUAUUGGAAGCAGUAAUUUUCACUACAAUGCCAUAAACAACAAUAACCAAGAAGCUCAUAAUUUUCAUCCUCAGGGUCCUAAGCUCUCUGAUAGUCUUAAUAAUCUCUCUGAUUCCUCUGAUUCUGAUCACGCUACUUCAUCCGAUGAUAGCGAACUCAAUACGGACAAUGAUUUAAAAAAAAAGAGGAAGAAGAGAAGGGGGAAAAGGAGUUGGAAAGCUACGAUAAGAGACUUUGUGGACAUACAAAUGAAGAAGUUAAUAGAGAAACAAGAAGCUUGGUUAGAGAAAAUGAUGAAGACAAUUGAACACAAGGAACAAGAGAGGAUUUUAAGGGAAGAAGAAUGGAGGAAACAAGAGUCAAUUAGGAUAGAAAAUGAGCAAAAGUUUUGGGCUGGUGAAAGAGCAUGGAUUCAAGCUCGUGAUACUGCUUUAAUUGAUGCAUUGCGUAAACUAAGUGGAGAUCAAGAACUGAUAAAGAGUAAUAAAAAUGCUUCAAUAUGUAAAGACAUGAAUUGGGAUGACAUCAAUAGAAUCAAGUGCAACAAGAAACAAAAAGAGAAUUCCUUGAGCUCAUAUUAUAAUUUCAAGAACAAUGAAGAAGGGAGAUCAUAUUGUGAAACAUCAAGACAUGUACCAAAUGUUCACCAAAUGAUGGAUCCUGGGAUGUUUUAGGGUUUAAGCAGCAUAUUUAUGAUACGGACUUAUGUAUUUGAUCUCCAUGAAAAGAUAUUUCAUGAGUUUAUAAAAAUUUUGAGAUAGUUGCUUUGUUUUGAUGUUAGGUUAAUAUAUGGAUCUCUUAUGUAAGUGGUUAGUGAGAUAUCUGAGUUCGUUCCCUCUAUCAUGAACUAAAACCAUAACCCUUCUUCACAUUAGUCCUUUAUGCAAUUUUAUUUUUGUUAUGUUAAAAUGUGUAAAUCAGGCAUGAAAUUCUUUUAAAUGAGAACCAUCUUCAAGCAAUUUUUUUCACUUAUUUAUUUGAUUAGCUAGGUAAUGAUCUUGAAGUCUUAACGAUUUUCAGGAAUUAUCGAUCAGAUGACACCUUAGUUUUUUUGUAUGGUAAAAGUAGCAAACCUUCACGUCUGUUUCUUUUUUCUAAUUUUUUUUUUUGGCCUAAACUACUUUCCUUAAGCUUGUGUAGAUACUAGAUAAUACGCAAAUGUUAACACCUGCCUCACUUAGCACUUGGCAAUAUAUACAUUUAUAUAUAGUAUGCAUUCUUCAGUUUUUCUUUUAAAAAAAAAAAAAAUUUAACUGGCUCUGCAAGGCUCGUAGGUAAGCCUGAAAAUGGAGUUGUCAUUUAAGGUCAGGAUUUCCAAGUUGGAUAAUGAGGUGAAAACUAGAUAAAUAGUACUUUUUUUUUAUCUCAGUUACUUGUCAAAUCAAUGGCAUCAUAUUCAUAUCACCCAUGCAUGCAUAAAAUUUCUUUCUUUUUUCUUUAUAAUUUGACCACACAUAAGUUGAGGAUUCCCACAAUGUGGUUUGAAUAACUUGUUUGGAAUGAGGGUAGAUUUUCUUGUAAAUUUUAGAGAACAUUGGAAGUAACAAAAGCGAAGGGCUGAAAAAGAGAUAAUAUAAUUCAUGAAACAAGAAAGAAAUAGAGAAUAAAGCUGCGAAACUAAUUGAUCAGCUUUGCCAUUUGUAGUUC